AUUAUUUUAAUUUCUUGGUUAUUCAAUUAAUUAUUUUAAUUCAAUUAAUUUCAACUAUUUUAAUUUCUUUAUGUUCUUUAAUGUUGUUAAAAUAUGUUCUUUAAUUUCUUUAUGCUGAAACAUUGAAUUGCUUGUUGGAUAGAAUUAAUGUCGAAGACAGUAAAAAAGAUCCUGCAUGGCAAUAUGCACGGAUGGUAAAUCCCCAAAACCUUUCAAAGUUCAUUUGUAACUUUUGCGACAAAGAAAUGAAUGGCGGUGUUUACCGAGUCAAGCAACAUCUUGCUGGUGGUUAUAAAAAUGUUGUUGCUUGUAAAAAAUGUCCAUCUCAUGUCAAAGAUGAAAUUAAAGACUCUAUGUCUCAAAAAAGUCAAUCAAAGGUGCAAUUGAGGAUGGUUCCUGAUUUUGAUGAGAUGGAUAAUGAUGACGAUGAUGAUGAUGAAAUUCUUGAGAUAAAUCAACAUGGUAAAAGGCCUGUUUCUACUCAAGGUUCUACCCGUCGAGAACAAGGAAGUAACUCCUCCAAAUCUGUUGGUUCCAAACAACCAAAGCAAAAGGGACCCAUGGAUGUGUACUUCACCCCUGAUCCGGAAGUUGCGGUGCAAAAUCGUAAAGCCAAGGGAAAGCAAACAAGAAUUGAUGAUAAUGAUCCUAGCAAGAAGGUGUUGAGAGAUCGGGCUCUUGUUUGGUUUUCGAGGUGGAUGUAUGAUACAGGUAUACCUUUCAAUGUUGUGAACUACAACAGUUUUGGGGCAAUGGUUGAAGCUUUUGGGCAAUAUGGUCCUGGCAUGAAACCACCAAGCUACCAUGAGGUGCGGGUUCCUUAUUUGCAGAAAGAGGUAGACCACACUAAUAAGACCAUGGAGGAUCAUAAAAAAGAUUGGGUAACAUAUGGAUGCUCUUUAAUAGCCGAUGGGUGGAAGGGCAAAAGAAACAGAGCAUUAAUUAAUUUUUUGGUUAAUUGCCCAAGAGGAUCAAUGUUUAUUGAAUCUGUUGAUGCUUCUAGCUUAUCCAAGGAUGCAAAUAAGAUGCUUGAAUUGCUUGACAACUUUGUGGAGCGUAUUGGUGAAGCCAACGUGGUUCAAGUUGUUACAGAUAGUACCUCAGCAAAUGUGUUGGCCGAGAAGUUUUUGGAGGCAAAGCGGCCACAUUUGUAUUGGACACCAUGUGCAGCUCAUUGCUUGGAUUUGAUGUUGGAGGACAUUUUCAAAAUUCCCAACUUCAACAAGACAUUUGAAAAGGCAAUUGCGGUGCAUGGUUAUAUUGUGAACUGCUCUGGUUUGUUGAAUAUGAUGAGGCAAUUUACCCAAUGCAAGGAUUUGAUCAAGCCAGCAAAAACUCGAUUUGCAACUGCUUUUCUAACUUUAUCAAGGAUUCAUCAACAACAAACCAACUUGAAGAAGAUGUUCACUUCAGAGGAAUGGACCACAAGCAAAUGGGCGAAGGAACCACAGGGUAAAAAGACCGCACAAGUCAUAUUAAUGCCUUCUUUUUGGAACAAUGUUCUUUAUGCUCUCAAAAUAUCAAGUCCUCUUGUUCGUGUACUGCGAUUGGUUGAUGGUGAGAGAAAGCCUCCCAUGGGAUAUAUUUAUGAGGCAAUGGAUAGGGCUAAAGAAGCCAUUGCAAAAUCAUUUAAUGGAAAUGAAGAGAAGUACAAGGAGUUUUUUGAAAUAAUUGACAAUAGAUGGAAUGUUCAAUUGCAUAGGCCUUUGCAUGCAGCUGGGUAUUAUUUAAACCCAGAGUAUUUUUACGCAAAUCCGAAUAUUGAGAAAGAUAAGGAAGUCAUGUCAGGCCUGUAUAAAUGCAUGCAAAGGUUGGUCCCAAGCAAUAAGACACAAGAUAAAGUUUGCGCAGAGUUGACUACCUAUAAGAAAGCUGAUGGUCUCUUUGGGAUGGCUUUGGCCAUUAGACAAAAAACUUCAAGGGCACCAGGUGAUCUAUAUUUUAUACUUAAGUAAUUUGAGUUAGUUUUUUAUAUUUUAAAUAUUCUUUCUAAUUAAUUAGUUAUAAUCAACAGCUGAUUGGUGGAGUGCAUAUGGUUCUGAAACGCCAAAUUUGCAAACAUUCGCCAUCAAAAUUCUUAGUCUAACUUGUAGCUCAUCUGGAUGUGAGCGGAAUUGGAGUGUGUUUGAACAUGUGAGUACCUAUUUUAACUAUAGUGAAU